AUGGCACUCAUAGGUAACAGCUCCUCUCCUUUGCCUUCUGAGUUCUUCCUUAUCUGUUUCCCUGGCUACCAGAGCUGGCAGCACUGGCUCUCUCUGCCCCUGAGCCUUCUCUUCCUCCUGGCCAUGGGGGCCAAUGCCACACUCCUCCUCACUAUAAGGCUAGAAGCAUCCUUGCAUGAACCCAUGUACUACUUACUUAGUGUACUAUCUCUGCUGGAUAUUGUUCUCUGCAUCACUGUCAUCCCCAAGGUCCUGGCCAUCUUCUGGUUUGAUCUCAGACCCAUCAGCUUUCCUGCCUGCUUCCUCCAGAUGUACAUCAUGAAUAGUUUCCUGACCAUGGAGUCCUGUACCUUCACUGUCAUGGCCUAUGAUCGAUAUGUGGCCAUCUGCAAGCCACUACGUUACCCAGCUAUCAUCACUAAUCAGUUUGUGGUCAAGGCCACCAUCUUCAUUGUGGCUAGGAAUGCUCUCCUUACUGCACCCAUUCCGCUCCUUUCUGCCCAACUCCAUUACUGUGGGGACAACACCAUCAAGAAUUGCAUCUGCACUAACUUGUCUGUUUCUAUACUUUCCUGUGAUGACAUCACUUUCAACCGGAUCUACCAGUUUGUGACUGGCUGGACCCUAUUGGGUUCUGACCUCAUCCUCAUCAUUCUGUCUUACUCCUUUAUCCUUCGGGUUGUAUUAAGGAUCAAGGCAGAGGGGGCUACAGCCAAGGCCCUGAGCACAUGUGGCUCCCAUUUAAUCUUGAUUCUCUUCUUCAGCACCAUUCUAUUGGUACUGGUCAUCACUAACGUAGCCAGAAAAAGAAUUCCUCAUGAUGUCCCCAUCCUGCUCAAUAUCCUGCACCACCUCAUCCCCCCAGCCAUGAACCCCAUUGUCUAUGGAGUCCGGACAAAGGAGAUCAAGCAGGGAAUCCAGAAGCUGUUGAGGAGGUUGUGA